AGGGGCUCCGGGGCAGGCAGGGUGACUCGACAGGGCGGACGGGGCGCUGGCCGCCAUGCGCCGGAGAACUUUGCUCCGUGCGGCGCUGUGCUCCGUGUGCCUUGCAGCUGGGCUGGGCUUCGUGGCUCCGGCCCCAUGGGCGCGGGCGCGGGCACAGCGAGCGCCAGGGCCAGGAUCGCCUGGGUCACUGCGGGUUGGCGAGCCACGGGUGGCACAAAAGGCCUUCGCAGCAUCUCCAGCCAUCACGCUGGUUGGGGCUGUCAUGGUUCUUUUGGGCUUCCAAGUGAUGAACACGGAGGCUAGCGACGACGCGCUCAAAGACCUGCUGCAGAGAUACACCAACAUCCAGAUCAUUGACGUGGGGCCAGACGAGGAUGUCAAGGACGUGGCGAGUGGCGCUUCUCAUCGGCCUGUUCUGCGGGGCAAGACGCCAGAAGAUGUUCACUGGUACGCUCGCACUGAUCUAGACUUACCGCCCGUGCAAUGGUUUCUCAGAAACGACACGGUGCUGCGGCGAGUGCUGUUCGAAGGCGGCCUGGGCCUGGGAGAGUCCUACAUGGACGGUCACUGGGACAGCGACGACGUGGAACGACUGGUCUAUGAGCUUUUGCGCAUUGAAGACCUCACCAAGGAGCUGGGGGCACGGGAGUUGCCCCUUCUGGGCACCAUCCUGUUCGGAGCAGUGAAAGGCAAGUUCCUAGAGAUGCCGGGCAACACCGUGGAGGGAGCCUCGGAGAACAUCAACCGGACCUACGACGUGGAAACCAUCAAAGUCUAUGAGGAGAUGCUGGACAGGAACAUGCAGUACUCCGUCGGCUACUUCUACAAGCCAGACCUCACUUUGGAUGAGGCCCAGGUGGCCAAGAUGGAAAUGAUCGGCAAAAAGCUGAACCUGAAGCCUGGUAUGAAGCUCCUGGAGAUCGGUUUUGGCUUUGGCGGUUUGGCGAACUUUUUGGCGACCAAGUACGAUGUGCAGAUCACAGCUGUGACGCUGUCCAAAGCACAAAUGGAGUGGGCCAAGAAACACAACGGCCAUCCGAACAUUGAUUUUCGCUUCGCUGACUAUCGGGAAGCUGAAGGCAAGUUCGACCGCGUCUACUCGGUGGGGAUGUUUGAGCACGUAGGGCGUAAGUCCUUUGCCACUUACUUCGACAAAGUCUAUGACUGCCUCAAAGACGAUGGCAUAUUUUUGCUGCACACGCUGGGCUGGGCCAAACGUGGCGAAUGGAACCACAACGCCUUUGUGGGGAAGUACAUCUUCCCCGGGGGGGAGCUGCCAACUCUGUACCUCCUCACGGAAGAGUUCUCCGACAAGUGGCAUUUGGAGGACUUCCAAAGUCUGGGCAAAUGCUACGUGCAGACUUUGCGGAGUUGGCUUGACAAUCUAAAGACGUGGGAUGGCAUGGAUGAGUUCGAUUCGCGUUUCAAGCGCAUGUGGGAGUACUACUUGAAUUGCUGCGCAGCAGCUUUCGAAAAGAGGAGGACCAAGGUUUGGCAAAUGGUUUGGACAAAGCAAAGCAGCACCAGGCUUGAUGACUGCCACCACAUCCGUUUGCGGGAUGGGAAGCCGAUUUGAAGCCUGACAAAAACGAAAUGACGGGCCAAAGUGCCGUGUUCCACCUGCCUGGCUCCGGGAAGGUUUCUGGCUCCAUCUGGCAUCUGGGUUUCCCCCGUUCUAGGAAUCGUUGCGGGGUUCCAACGCUUUAAGUCGGCGCAAUCUCGAACGGGGUUGUCUUAUGUCUGGAUGACUCAUCCGCUGCACUCAGAGCGGAAAGGUGGAAGGAGG